UUUGAGAAAACGCAAGGAAACUGAAUCCAGCUCGUUUCCAUGGAUAUUCUGUGUUCUCUGUCCCUCACAUUCCUCUCUCCAGCACCUGAUCUCAGUCUUCUCCGUUCUUUUUCUUCUCAUUCUCUUCCCUUCCCAAAGCGCUCGCUUAAGUGGACGAAGAAGCUUCGUGCGUUCUCCUCCGCUUCGCCUCCCUCGCCGCUCCCGACGCCCGAUGUCGUUGUCACCAGAGAGCAGGGGAAGAAUGCAAAGCUUAUUGAUGCUCUAGGGAAGCUUAACAUCCAUUGUCUCGAAGUUCCACUUGUUAAGCACACACAAGGGCCUGACUUGAAUAAGCUUUCAUCUUUAUUGAAGGAUUUUAUGUUUGAUUGGAUUGUCAUAACCUCUCCAGAAGCAGGUGUGGUCUUCCUUGAAGCAUGGAUUGUUGUUGGUUUGGGCGAUGAAGGACUAUGGCAUGGAUUGCCUUGGGCAUUUUUUGGUUUUAAGCUUGUGAUUAUUAUAACAUUGGAGAUAAUGUCCAACACACUCCACUCGUAUGGUGCUGCCGGAUGUCCUAAAGCAAGAAUUGGAGUUGUUGGUGCUGGCACAGCAAGUGUCUUUCAUGAGAAUUUACCGUCAUGCGAAAAAACACUUGAGAUUGCAUUUUCCCCUUCAAAAGCUACUGGCAAAGUAUUAGCAUCAGAGCUUCCAAAUGAUUGUCUCGGCACUUGUAAAGUUCUAUAUCCUGCGUCUGUGAAGGCUGGAAAUGAAAUUGAGGAAGGCCUGUCUGAUAGAGGAUUUGAGGUCACCAGGCUGAAUACUUACAACACCGAACCUGUUGAGGAGAUAGACCACGCUAUUUUGACGCAAGCACUUUCUGCUCCUGUCGUGGCUGUAGCUUCUCCUUCCGCCAUCCGUGCUUGGGUUAAUCUUGUUCCAAAAUCAGAGAGUUGGGACAAAUCUGUUGCUUGCAUCGGCCAAACAACGGCUUUGGCUGCGAAGAAGUUAGGCCUGAAGAAUGUAUAUUAUCCUGACCGCCCAGGUCUUGAUGGGUGGAUAGAAAGUAUUCUUGAGGCUCUGAGAAUGGAUGGGUAAGCAGAUAAGGUUUCACCAAGUUGAAAAUACAUUUAGUAGUGUAGUAUUUUAUUCCUCUUAUAUAUUUGUUUGUUGUGUUGGUGAUGCUAAAUGCAAUUUUAUUAAUUGGUAUGAUUAAUUAAAAGAUACAAAGAAAAAAUAAAUUGAUUGUUG